GAACGCAAAAUGGGUGAAAAGAUCCGCGCCCAGCACAUAGCCACCUUCUUAGAGCGCAAAGGCCCUAUGACUAAUGAUGAAAUUGUGCAAAACCUUAAAACAAUUACCCAGCUACCCGGUGCCAACUUUCUGGACUGUUACCUUGACAUAGCUGAUGACGAAUACCUGACGAUUUGGAUCGAUAACGAAGCGCCAGAGAUCAUAAUUAGGGACCGUGGAUACUACAAAGAACGUCAAACGAAUAAAAAGAUCCGCGCCCAGUUUAUAGCCACCCUCUUAGAGCGUAAAGGCCCUAUGCCUAAUGGGGAAAUUGUGCAAAAACUUAAAACGGUUACCCGGCUAACCGGUGCCACAUUUCUGGACUGUUACCUUGAGAUAGUUGAUGACGAAUACCUGACGAUUUGGAUCGAUGACGAAACGGACCCAGACGAAUGUUUAGACUUGCGAUGCAUACACAAUGUUCACGGGUUGAGUUUGAAAAAAAGUGUUGGGCCUGAACAACAUAUGUUAGUCUUUCGGUUUUUGGCUAGCGAGUUGACCAAUCGGGAAUGUUCGGACCAAGUAUAUAUCUUAAAGCUUGGCACGGAAGAUUCUUUACGCUGGGGCACUGAGGUGAUAGGAACAGCUGUGAAAACUGCAAGAUUUAAUCGAAAGUAUACGCCGGAAAAGUAUAUGCAAUGCCGGUCAAAAGAAUCGAAGGAACUGGACCUCAAGAACUUUAUCAACGCAAUUUACGUAUAG